AUGUGUGAAUCAGUACUAUAUAGAUGUGAAAAACAAUCCAUUGAAGAUUUGAAGAUAUUUUUGAAUUCAUUGAAAACCAAUUGGAUUAAACUGCUUAUGAACGAUAAUGAUCAAGGUGAAGAUACUGUAAAUGUUGGUCAUUCUGAAUGUUAUUUGAAAGAAGUUGAAAAUGUUGAAGAUUAUUAUGACUAUCGGCAGACAUAUUUGAAGUCAUUAUUAAAUUCAGUGUCAAAAGAAUUAAUAAAAGAAGAAGCAAAAUUGAAUGCCAAAGCACAAUCUGAAUUAGAAGGAAGAAAUAUUCUUAAUGAAAAUAUAAAUUUAAGUAAUGAAAUGAAAUUAUCUGAUGGACAAGUUUAUGAUAUAAAUAAUAUUAAAGAUCCAAUAAAACGUCAAGGUAAAGGUAGACCCGCUGGUAAAAGAUUUAAAGCUUAUGAUGAGGGAAAAAACAAAGCAAAUAGUAGUAAGAAUCAAAAAGAAAAUGUAUAUGAAAUAGAUAUUGAAAACAUGAAUGAUAAUAGUAAUAACAAAGUAGGCGUAGAUGUGGUUUAUGUCAUAAAACUAGACAUUAUACUCCUAAAUAUCCUAAUAAAAAAAGUAGUUAAAGGGUAAAAAAAAUGUAUAAAUCUUUAAUAUCUUUUUCAUUUUAUUUGGUUAUAAUAUAUAGUAAUAUAAUAUGUAAUAAAAUAUAAUAAAUGCAAUG